GUGGUUCGGGCGUUCCCGCGCUGGUGGCCCCUCCCCGCCCGGUGCCGCCCCCGUCCCGGCGGGGCGGAGCGCUCGGUCCCCGUCCGUCCGUCCCCCCCCCGGCAGAAUCGGGGCGGGCGGCGGGAUGUGCGGACGGACGGCCUGUUCCUUGGGGGCCGAAAACCUCCGCCGGGCCUGCGCCUAUCGCGAUAGCCGGGGCCGGCAGCGGCAGCCCGAGUGGAUCCGGGCGGAGCGGUACCGGCCCUCCUACAACAAGGGCCCGCAGUCCAGCGGCCCGGUGCUGCUCUCCCGACGGCACCUCCAGCAGGAUGCCGACUCCUCCGAGCGGGUCCUCAUGGACAUGCGCUGGGGCCUGGUUCCCUCCUGGUUCAAAAAGGACGACCCUUCCAAAAUGCAAUUUAAUACCUCCAACUGCCGCAGCGAUACCAUGCUGAAGAAGUCCUCCUACAAGGGUGCUCUCCUCCAGGGCAAGCGCUGCGUGGUCCUGGCAGAUGGCUUCUACGAGUGGCAGCAGCAGAGCGGGGGGAAGCAGCCGUAUUUCAUUUACUUCCCCCAGACCAAGGACGCUGUGGCCGAGGAGAAAGAGGGAGAGGAGGAAUGGAGAGGCUGGAGGUUGCUCACCAUGGCUGGAAUUUUCGACUGCUGGGAGCCACCGGCGGGAGGAGAAAUGCUGUACACUUACACCAUCAUCACCGUGGAUGCCUCCAAGGACGUGAGCUUCAUCCAUCACAGGAUGCCAGCCAUCCUGGACGGGGACGAGGCCAUCAGGAAAUGGCUGGACUUUGCCGAAGUGCCAACCCAAGAAGCGGUUAAACUCAUCCAGCCCACGGAGAACAUCGUCUUCCACCCAGUCUCCACCUUUGUCAACAGCGUCCGCAACAACGCGCCCCAGUGUCUCGCACCCAUCGAGCUGGGAGCCAAGAAGGAGGCCGAAGCCACCCCGAGCAGCAAAACGAUGCUGGGCUGGUUAAAAAACUCCCAGGAGGGUUCUCCCCAGAAGAAAGAAAAUGAUUUGCCCAGGUGGACGAGCCAGUUCAUCCACAGCCCUUCGCCCAAGAAAACCAGUGCAGAUAUCCUGCAGCAGUGGCUGGGGAAGGAGGGACAGCCGGCUGCGAAGAAGCGCAAGGCUUAGGCACCAGCUGGGAUGAUGGCUGGCCAUCCUUUUUCCUUCUGAUUUUCCUAAGCAGAACGAGGAAUGGUGGUGGGUUUGUUUUUUUUUUUGGAAAGCUUUGCAGACUGGUGUUGAGAUUCUCCAGGCCUCUCAGGUGUUGAUCCGAUGCUCUAGGUUGUUGUCUCUGUUCUUCGUGUCGUGUUAAAGGUUGGUGUUUGUCUUUAAAGCUUUUGGCUUUGUCUUGUGCUGACGGGAGUGAAUAUAACCUGCUGGCCUCCCUCCCUGCCAGUCGCUCGUGAGGACCGGAGAUGAUAAAGCCCUGAGGACCAUCUCAGCCGGCUGGGGAGGAGCAGCUUCUGCCUUCUCACAGUGUCCGUGUCUCCUUCUUCUGUUUUCUUUUCUUUUCCCUUUUUUUUCUUUGGUGUUAAACGGGUACCUCUUUUUCCAUUUAAUUCCACAUCGCUUCUGUACAAAUUCCUUUCUGGUACUCUUGCCCUCAAAAGACGGCUGCGGUGCAGAGGAAGGUGCAAUAGAUACUAGGAGGAAACCCCAGGCUGGGAAGAUCUGCUGGAGUCAUCCCGCGCUGCACCGGCGUUGCCACCUGCAUCCUUGGCUCCUGCCCAGGGAGGUGUUUGAGCGGCGCCGGGGGGGAACGGGACUUUUCUUGGGUUCCCCUGCGGGCAGCGGGGGUGGGACAGCCUGUCUUGGUCACGUUGUUUGUACGAUCGUUUUUGUUAAUGGGAUUUGGAGACUUAGAGAGGAUUUUCGUGGUCUGUGGAGGGAUGCGCUCCGCCUGGUUCAUAAAGGUCGUUCAUUAAAGCCCAGAUAACCAAAGUGCCGUUACAGACCAGCCUAGGGCGGUUGGUUUUGAGGUCAGGGAUUUUGUCAACAGAGCCAGAUGUUGCAGACCAAAAAGCCUUACACGGUGGCACCCUUGCAGUGCUUCAUUUGUAUUGGAAAAAAUAAAAUGGGAUUCACUGGCUGACUGCGCAGUGCC